CGAAGUCAAGCCCACGCAUCCGCUCACGUCCAUUUUGACUCAAGGCGCUUCCUAGUUACACGUAAAAUGGGCAUGUACGCUUAAUGGGCCUCGUCGCACACUGACUUGCACUUCGACCAACAGCAAGCUAGCCAUGUCGUCGCCCGACUUCCCCGCAGACUUUGUGCUCGACCUGCACGACCUUGCAGCCAUCAUCCUCGACUGCCACGCCCGCAGCGAAGAAAGAUUCGCUAAAUCCCAGCUGGUCGAAGUCAUCGCCGACUCCGACGACAUGCAGACCCUCCCUGGCCGCAUUGCCUUCCUCCCCGAAUGGAGUGCCGCCGAGAAACAGGGGCAAAAGAGGCUCGCAUACGUCCUUCGCCGAGACUCCAAACAGAAACUACGCGUCACGUUCGAAAACUUCGCACAUCGCGAUGGGGUCAAGCUCCAGCAGGGCGUCGAGCUCACUCGGCGCGCGCUGGAGAGCGCGUACUGGCGCUGCAAGACCUACGACAGCGGCUUCAUGCUCGCGUACGUCGCGCAACGCGUCUUCGAGAGCCUCCCGCCCACGGCGCGCCUCCGCGCACGCACCUCGUCCGGGUACGAGCUCAUAUGCUCGCCAACCGACGUCAUGGUUAUGGAGAUGCAGGUCCUCCCUCACCAGGCAUGUUACAUCGUUACCUACGAGGAGGUCCUCGGACCCCAGAUGAUCGAGUGGGAGCGACACCAGUCGGGCUUCCUGCAGCCAAUGCCCUGGGUGUACCUCUUCGUGGGCAAUCCCGUCUCCACAGACGCCGAGGACGACACCCGCGUCGCUCUUGAUCUCGCACUCAUGCAAAUCGGCGGCCGCGGCAGGGCGAACGAACCCUUCGCGCUCGAGAGGGGCGUCGACUAUCACGAAAAAGUCCUACCGCGCUUCGCGCAGGAAUCGGGGGAUUUGGUGGCGUCGGGCAAGAUAGCAUUGUCUCCAGCGCACAUCCGAAAGCAGGGCGACGACCUCGCAGAAAUGGUCCUGAGUCGUCUGAAGAAGAUGGCGAACGGCGACGUCUAUUUCUGCGGGUACUGCGGGAAGAACGGGGUGGAAACGCGCUGUUCGCAAUGCAAGCAAGCCAGGUUCUGCAAAGAGUGCAAUGCGUUGGCCUGGAAGUACCAUAAAGUGUGGUGUAAGCCGACGGGAAUUUAGCCAGAUCAACCGUGGACUAAAGGCGACCGCAUGUGGACGUAUGUGUCCUGCUUCUUGUAUCAUGCUGCUGUAUGUUUCAAUUGACAGAAUGCCGUGGACUGACUAAUAUCCGAUAAUUGUGAGUGAGCAGCGA